GCGAGUCCGCGCUGGCGGCGCCGGCCGGCCUGUUGGGUCGCACUGCGGUGUCGGACACCGGCGCCGAGUGGAGCGGCUGCCAUGGGCCUGGGCGCCAGCGCCGAGCAGCCCGCGGGUGGCGCCGAGGGCUUCCACCUGCACGGAGUUCAGGAGAACUCUCCGGCCCAGCACGCAGGCCUGGAGCCCUACUUUGACUUCAUCAUCACUAUUGGGCACUCGCGGCUGAACAAGGAGAACGACACGCUGAAGGCACUGCUGAAGGCCAAUGUGGAGAAGCCUGUGAAGCUGGAGGUGUUCAAUAUGAAGACCAUGAAGGUGCGCGAGGUGGAGGUGGUGCCCAGCAACAUGUGGGGCGGCCAGGGCCUGCUGGGUGCCAGCGUGCGCUUCUGCAGCUUCCGCAGGGCCAGCGAGCAUGUGUGGCACGUGCUGGAUGUGGAACCAUCUUCACCUGCUUCCCUUGCUGGCCUGUGCCCGUACACAGACUAUGUGGUUGGCUCCGACCAGAUCCUCCAGGAGUCUGAGGACUUCUUUACGCUCAUCGAGUCUCACGAGGGGAAGCCCUUGAAGCUGAUGGUUUAUAACUCCGAGUCUGACUCUUGCCGGGAGGUGACUGUAACUCCCAACGCAGCCUGGGGUGGAGAGGGCAGUUUGGGGUGUGGUAUUGGCUAUGGAUAUCUACACCGGAUCCCAACCCAGCCCUCCAGCCACCACAAGAAGCCACCUGGUGCUCCACCACCUGGUGCUCCACCACCUGGUGCUCCACCACCUGGUGCUCCACCACCUGGUGCUCCACCACCUGGUGCUCCACCACCUGGUGCUCCACCACCUGGUGCUCCACCACCUGAUGUGCCACCACCUGAUGCGCCACUGCCUGGUACCCCAUCUCCUGAUGCUCCACUACUUGGUACCCCACCACCUGGACCCAACCCCCAGGACUCUCCUGCCCCUCCUGGCCCAGAGAUAGGUUCCAGGCAGAGUGACUACACGGAGGCCCUGCUGCAGGCACCUGGCUCUUCGAUGGAGGGACAGCUUCCUGGGCCCGGGAGUCCCAGCCAUAGUGCUCCAGACCUUGGGGGACUUCCGUGUUCCAUGGAGUUUCCUCUUCAGCCUCCUCCUCCAGUGCAGCGAGUCAUGGACCCAGGCUUCCUGGACGUGUCGGGCCUUUCCCUCUUGGACAGCAGUAAUGCCAGUGUGUGGUCCAGCCUGCCCUCUUCCACAGCGCUGACCUCCACAGCUGUCUCACCCUCAGGGCCAGAGGAUGUCUGCUCCAGCAACAGUUCCCACGAGCGGGGCGGUGAGGCCACAUGGUCUGGGUCAGAGUUUGAAGUCUCCUUCCUGGACAGCCCAGGUGCACAAGCCCAGCCAGACCACCUGCCUCAGCUGACUCUUCCCGACAGCCUCACCUCUGCAGCCUCACCAGAAGAUGGGCUGUCUGCUGAGCUGCUUGAAGCCCAGGCUGAGGAGGAGCCGGCAAGCACAGAGAGCCCAGAUUUGGGGGCAGAGGCUGAGGGGCUGGCCAGCCAGGCCCAGAUGUCUAUACCAGAAUAACACCCUGGGCUGUAACAAGUCUCCUGAUGACAUUUCAUGAGGCCUACCUGUGGGCAGGCAGCCCAGCUCCGUGCCUAAUCACAGCCCUGUUCAGCUUCUUAGGAUGCAGCUUCAAGUGGUGUGCAGGGAUUUCUGCUGGCAGGGGGCUUUUGUUUCUACUCAGACCCUACUCCUGAUCUCCAGAUGACCUGCCAGCAUUUAUCCUGUCUGAUGGUCCUGGCUUUGGGGAUUUCAAACGAGUCCUUUUGGGGGUGGCAAAGGGCUGGGAGCAGCACCCCAGAUAAAGUAUGUUUUGCAGGAACUGGGGUAGGAGAGGGAGGAUUCUUUGCUGCUUGGGUGGGGCAUGAAGCCUCAUUGGUUAGGGAGAGGCAGCCAUGGGCCUUGUGGGAGGGCAUCUUUUGGCUAUGUAUUCUCAGGUCCAGUGGUUGCUCCUGCUUUGGUCACUGGGGUUGCCCAGGAGGCAGCAGGGUCUGGUCAUGAUCCAGUGUGAAGAUGAGGCAAGAGAGGAAGGGGUUGGUUGGUGUUGGCCUGAUUGCUUUGUUAGGGCUUGCCUUGAUUCUUCCUGCACAGCGCAGCCAGACCCAUCUGUACUGGAGGGAACCCCCAAGCCCCGGGGACCCCCUCCAAGUCCCAGUCACUGGCUGCUUAGUCAUGUGCCCUCGUCCCUGUACUACACUGCCACAGUUGGCUCAGACUGGCUGACAUGCCACUCAGGGUUGUACGAGAGAAGCAGUGUACCUGCCCACAUCUGCAGAGAAGGGACUUUGAAAUUCUAGGCCCUUUGGUGGAGACCCAUCUCUGCCUGGAUCACAAUGUUUCUUCUUCCUCUAGGCCUACACACCACAGACCUAGUAUCCCCAAUGUCUAGUCUUGUGAGCCUCCCAAUGACAUCUUCUAAAUAUACAAGGCAUCCAGCCAGCCCCAGUGGUGAAUAAAAGCUGCACAUUUAAAUUCACCAUCCUAAGCAAACUCUUAAAGCCAGCCCACCUGACAAGGUCUCUUCACACACAGUUGCCAGCCCAAAGGUAGCCUAGAUAAAAGUGGGUAAGGGCCCUUUUCUGUAGUAUGGGAGAAAGCUGUUCCCUCCAUCCCCCAAGUGCCUUUGGAGGCUAAGGCUAGGUCAGGUGCUCUGCUAUGCUCAGUUUCUAGAGAAGAGGGUUCUCUAACUGAAAUCCUCUGCUGCUUUGGAGUUCCUCACCUUCCCACACUCCUUGCUAAUUAUGACGAAAGUUACCUCUGGCCUUGUUUUCUGGCCUCUGCCCAGUUGAAAGUCUCACCUUUACAGCCUGAUUUGUUAACAUCUAUGUACAUGCAGGGAACUCAAGCUCCAUCAGGCCUGCAUAAUGACUGUCUGCUCUGGGGGGCACAGACCAACUGACUAUAUGGAGGGAGGACUCAAAUCAGCAAACACGAAGUUUCAAGCACUGUUACUAUACCGAAAGCAAGCCCUUGUCCAGCUUUUCAGAGGAGCUGGUAAGUCUGGAACAGUGAGGCAUUGUGUCCUGGAUUGUCCGGGAGCCCAGUGUCAAGUCUGCAGGAAUGCAGGAAGUGGAACAGAAUUGCCAGAAGACUGCUGUGGGAUGGGCUUCCCUUAACUCUAGCCUGGCAGUCUGGUCCAAAGUUGCCCUUACUCAAAUGUUCUGGCUCCUCCCUCCCUCACUUUUACUUCUCCCUUCCCCAUAAACUGGGGAAUAAAGUGGGUAUCAAUGUUAAUUAUUUCCAGCGUGAACAUGAAACCACAGGUUUCUUUCUUUCUCUGUAAUCUGCUAUGAAGGAAAAUGACAAGUGAAAAAAUAAAUGUGUACUACACUUUAAAAUA